AGGAGCUUCAAGUGAAGGAUGCUGCGAGCCCUUCUUCUCACGCAGCGUCGUGCUAAUCAUGAGUUUUCAUUUUACACACACCUUCCUGACGCAGAACCUCGCUUAAUUGUUGGGUUUGCGCCUUUUCGAUGAAGGCCGCUCGUUCGCAGGUCACUUAAACAGGCAUCUGCGACACCCCCCCCCCCCCUCCUUCCUCCCUCGCAGCUCUACUCGCAUCCUCUCUCUCUUUCUCGCGUCGUGUACGCCUCGCCUCGAGUCAGGCGCAUCAUCUCAUCUCCUCAUCUCACGGACGCCAAAAGCAAGAAAAUGCUGCGCGAUGACGGCGGAACGAGCGGAAAAAAAAACAAAUCCGCAUCCAGGAUGUCCACUGCGCCUGCUGCAGCCGACGAGAGCCAGAGGAACUCUCCGGAGGUGGACUGUGAGCCCACACCCAAGGGGUCCCGCUCUCAGUGUGCUGACGCUGGCGAUGACGGGCAGCGGAAGCCGAAAGACAAACAUAAGCUGCUGGAGGAGGCCUUCCAGCAGGAUGUGGAGCAGUACCUGUCCACAGGUUACCUCCAGAUCGUCGAGAGGAGAGGGCCAACAGGCAGCAUGUCGUCCAUGGAGGUCAACGUGGACAUGCUGGAGCAGAUGGACCUGAUGGACAUGUCGGACCAAGAGGCGAUCGACGUCUUCCUGCACUCGGGCGGAGAGGACAACAGCGCCGCCUCGCCCGUCGCGGCAGGUCCCGAGUCUUUGAGCGCCGAGCUCAGCCUUGCGGUUCCCACUCAGACCGAGCUGCGCCGCAAGAUGACGUCGGCGUGCGCUGACGGCGAUGAGGAAGAGGACUUGGAGGAAGAAGAGGACGGGCAAGAAGAGGAAGGCGCCAGGAGGACCAUAAGGAGGAGGAGGAGAAAGAGGGCUCCCCCGCUCGUGCCAACGCCCGGCCAUCAAGGCGGGACCCCGAAUCUUUGAGGGUUUGGAAGAAAAGGAAAAGCUUACCCCACUCCGCAACUGCCACAUGACGUCUGCCUUAAAGAAAAAAAUACAAGAAUCCUAUGACGACUAUGAUGAGCACAUCAACUGCGCUCAGGUCGAUAUUUGGUGGUAUGAUUUGGAUUCCGACCAACAUCAAGUGUUGAGAACGAGCACACGGCAACAACUAUAUAUCAUCAAGGGAAACCAGAUUUUUUUAGUUUGUUCUUGAGCUUUAUUAGUGUCGGGAAUUUUGAAAAUGUGACCAUCAAUCAUAGAAGAAGAAAUGGACCUUUACCUUCACUGUUUUGAUUUUCUUAUAUAUAGGAAAUGUUGGGAUUUACACUUGACGUGCGCACGCGCCUGCACUUUUAUCCUUACUGAAGAGUUGUUGAUAUUUUGAGUGCACUGUGUCGAAAUAUUUACUGUCCUGUGUCUGUUAUUACUCUGUUGCAAAGAAAGAAUUAAAAGUUCACCUGAGGA